UUAUAUUGCCCAGAUACAGAAUUAUUUAUUCUUUAACUUUAACUUAUCAAAAUGGUGAAACGACAGAUGUCCGAAACAGAAUCGAACCUCCCUGAUUUCGAUACGAAUGCCAAUGAAGAAUCAGCAGGUUCUUUUGACGUUGAAGAUGAAGAGAAACAUGCUGAAAGUCAUAACAAGAUCAAAGAUGCCGAUUCAGCAGGUUCUUUUGACGUUGAAGAUGAAGAGAAACAUGCUGAAAGUCAUAACAAGAUCAAAGAUGCCGAUUCAGCAGGUUCUUUUGACGUUGAAGAUGAAGAGAAACAUGCUGAAAGUCAUAACGAGAUCAAAGAUGCCGAUUCAGGUAAUCAACAAAAAAUUAAAAAAACAAAAAACUGGUGCUGGAGAUGUCCUAGCUGA